AAUACAUGCAACGCAACACACCUGCCACUGGCAAGUUUGCUAAGGUACAGAGAAAAAGAAAAGAAAAAGGAAAGAAAAAACGGGGAGAUCGCCCUGGAGAUUCACUCGCUAUUAAUAAACUCGCUGUUAUCGCAAUUAUGAACAACAGUCCAUUGACGGCCUGACACUGGUUUUUGUGUUUAGACCUCGACCAGGUUCAAUGAAGCUUCCCCUCCAGCCCACACCCCUUUCACCAGGCCAUCACUCACCCUACCCCACCCAUUGCACAUCACUAUGGUGCAUCACUGAUGAGAACUAUAACGAGUUUUCACCAUCGAUUCGAUCCCUUGCUUUUCGUCGUCUAAUUCCUACAUCGUUGAUGAGCCACCUGGGUUAAAUCACCCAUUCUCGUCUCAAGCACCUUGAGCAAGAUGUCCACCACAGCUCCCGUGGUUAAGGACGGCUUCGCCUCCGCCAACGGCGACUUCUACGCCGAGACCUCGGGAUCAAACCAGCACCGCCGUGCCACCGCAGCGGAGCUCGACACCCAUUUCAAGGAGUCUGGAAACGGGAAGGACAAGCCAGCGCACUGGUAUGAAGCCCAGCUCAUCCAUUAUGGUCUGAAGCCAUCAAAUGCGAAGCCUGUCGCCCUCAGGCGACUCUUUGAUGCUGUAAAUACGGGCGAGUUAAGCGUGCCGGCCCACAUCACCAAGAUGGAGGCCGAUCUCAAGAAGGAGUGGACCAAGCGGGACCGGGAGGCCAAGAAGGAGGCAAAGGGGGAGAUGCUGGGCGUCAAGAAGACCACUGAGAAGACGGCUGCGGCCCCAGCCGGACAGAAGAGAAAGGCGGUCUCGGCUGCUAAUACGUCAGCUACCCAGAGUGCGGCCAAGAAGACGAAGACUACGGCUACGAAAGCAAUUUCGAGCAAGACCACCGUGAAGAUGGCAACUCCAAAGGCCAAGACUGCCGCUCCUGCAAAGGCGGGCAAAGCUAGUCCUCAGACGAAAGCAGCACCCAAGACGACCAAGUCCGCCACGACGUCCAAGGCCAAGCCAGCUGCUACACCAAAGGAGAAGAAGCCCCCGAAAAAGACUCCCCUAAAGUCCAAGGCUGCUCCCAAGGAUGGUGGUCCCGGUUCCGUACUGCCACCCAUUCCAACCGGAAGUAGAAUGGCAAUCUGUUCUGGUCGAGGAGGUCUCUCGCAAGGUAUGAGUCGUGGUGCCGCUGUCUCCACCCCUGCCCAAACCCCAAGAAAGAAGCAGACAGCCCGGCGAGGCGGAUCGUUUGCGGCACGGGGUGGUCGCGCUCAGCCGCUUUUACAGCGUCCUGGCUUCGACGAGGAUGACGAGGAUGAUGAGGAUGAUGAGGAUGAUGAGCCGCCUCCCCCGUAUGCCGAGUAUGGCGACAACUCCCACAGCUCUUCCAACGGCAGUCCCGGAAGCGGCCAAGCCUUGCCCAAGCUCGGCCUCCUGAACGGCCGCUACAAUAUCGACUCCCCCGACGUCAGCGAGCAGUGGCCGCACCUGGGCUCCGACCUGGGCCUCGUCCUGACGCUGCACGGAGACGAGCUCUGGGGCAGCUUCGACCUGGGCAUCUACGAGGGGAUCCUGCGGCUCGACGGCGGCCGGCCCUGGGAGUCCUCGCGCGAGGCCUUCGACUUCACGUGGCGCGGUCGCGAGAACGAGGGCCAGAUCGUCCACGGCGAUCACCACAAGGGCUGGAUCAGGUUUCUGGGCGGCGGACGCGUCGAGGGCUGGAUCGAUGGCAUGGAUAUCAGGUUCUCCGGACGGAGGGCCCACGGCCAGGGCACCCGGAGCGCAGUCGAUGCCCGCAAUAUGAUGGACGAAUGGCGUGGCUACAGUGAGCAGGAAUACGAGAGGGAGAACCAGGCUAGAUGGGGUGGCGGCUCAUGGUGGUGAACAACAAAGAACAAUGAGAGUUGUGGGUGCAGAAUUUUGGAGCGAGGAUGUGGAAGAUAUUACUGCGCUUGUGUAAGCUGCAGUCCGCUAAACGUUCAUCCUAGCUCACAAUCGAGGUUCUGGAUGCUCAACUUUCAAGCUAAUAAACGGGCUUAGCUUGAUGUUGUUAUUGGACACUUGAGGCGUUAAUCAGGCCGGUUGGUAUUGCAGGUCACGAGCCAUCUGCGUUGACUGGGAUAUAAUGGCGUUUUUCACGCGACUGGCAUGAAUCACGGCCUGGUCCUUGGUGAGUCUUAUGUCUCUUGCCAAACAGGUCUAUUGACACUGUAUUGGCCGAGGUGCAUGAGGUUUCAAAUUGGCAGAAAAAUUAUCGACUUCGAGACGGCUCAGAUUAUUAAGACUAUAAGAGUUACAUCCCGGUAAAUAGGCCUCCACCAUAAUGAAUUCUCAAUU